AUGUCUGAACGAAAGGUCCUUACGAAAUACUACCCACCGGACUUUGAUCCGUCGCUCAUCACGCGAACUCCCAAACAUCUCCGGGCCACAGGAUCUAAACUCCUAACCGUCCGCCUAAUGGCGCCGUUCAGUUUAAAGUGCACUAAUUGUGGUGAAUACAUCUACAAGGGCCGCAAAUUUAACGCUCGAAAGGAGACCACUGAUGAGAAGUAUCUCAACAUCACAAUAUAUCGAUUCUAUAUCAGAUGUACCCGAUGCUCGAGCGAAAUCACUUUUAAAACCGACCCGAAGAAUAUGGACUAUGUAUGUGAACGGGGAGCUAAGAGAAAUUUCGAACCGUGGCGUCAAGCGAAGAGCGAAGAAGUCAACGAGACACAAGAUGAAACCCUUGACCGUCUCGAACGAGAGGAAAACGAGGAAGUUGAGCGAGUGGAAAGGGACAAGAUGCUGGAACUGGAGGAGAAGAUGCAAGACUCCAAACGAGAGAUGGCGGUAGCUGAUGCGUUGGAUGAAAUUCGGUCAAGGAACGCGAGGAUCGAGAGGGGCGAACGCGGCGGGGGUGAAGAGCUCGCUUUGCUGAGAGCCAAAGCAGAGGCCGAAGAAGCGAAGGCUAAGGAAGAUAAAGAAAUCGAAGAAGCUGCCAGGAGAGCGUUCAUGACAGAUAGUGGUGAUCGUGUCAAACGGCUUGUUGACAACGGUGACCAGGAUACUACAACUCCAAGCGAGAUGCCGCCUCCCUCAUUUCAACGAGUAAAAAAGGCCAAAAAACCAUUCUCAGCAGGCUUGGGUAUAAAGAAAAAGACCCCUCUUGUUUAG